AUGUUUAACUUGAAAGCACUGCAGAAGAACAAGACUGUUAGAUAUGGGGUGCCAAUGCUUCUGCUGGUGGUUGGCGGUUCUUUUGGCCUGCGUGAGUUCGCGCAGAUCCGCUACGACGCCCAGAAGCUCAGGAGAAAACUGGAUCCCUCACUAGAGGCCAAAGUGAGGCCUGUCACUUUGGAGCAAGAGUAUGAGCAGAAGAUGAUCAUCAAUGUGGACGAAUGGAAGAACGUCCGUGGCCCCCGGCCGUGGGAGGACUCUCGGCAGUACCAGGAGCAGAUGCGCCGCAAGGAAACGUGA